AUGCCAUUGAGAGAUAUCAAGCCCUCUGUAUCAGAUACCCGCCUUCACCACGGGCUCCACAAAUCCGAGUUCACCCCUUCCGGCCAAAAGCCCGAAAUAUGGGAUGUUGACCAGUUCGGUAAACCCCCGAGCUACCUACCGUACAAGUCCAAAGGGACCGCACCGGGUCUGUUUCUCAAGCCAGGGAGAAAGUUGACAAGGUUAGAAAAUGUCAUAAUCCAAUGCCCAACCGGUGCCUAG